AUGACCUUCUUUCUCGCGGACCCGCCGGUCGUCUCCUACUUCUGCGUCCACGGCAGCCCCGAACUCAAGCGCGGGGACUACUCCCUUGAGCCCCGGGUGGUUUUCUCGGAGAAACACCUCGUCCUCCUCCGCUUCGCCAUCGGCCCCCGUAGCACCGUGCACAACGGCAAUCUCUCCGAAUACUUCGCCUACAGGGCCAGCCAUGACAAGCCUUCGCUUAGGCGGAUCCCGACCGCCACUCGCCGGCCGGACAAGGCUAGAUCGUAUCCUGCCAUCUUGCCGUUCGCCGACGACGAUGACAACUUCCUCGUCGCCGAUCUUGCCCUGACACCGACCUUGGGGGACUAUGUCCUCCACACCUUCUCGUCCAAGACGAACAAGUGGAUCGCCAAGCCGCUGCAGCUGCAGGCAUCUCCGGCCGUGAUCGGCGACCUGCCCAGCCUACCCCACAAGGUGAUCGCGCUUGGAGCUGACACCAUAGGCUGGAUCGACCUCUGGCGAGGCAUCGUCGUCUGCAACGUGUUCGACCCGGACCCCGUUCUCCGCUUCAUCCCGCUGCCCAAGCCCGGGUUCAACUUGCUGCGGGAAGGUGACCCGCGGCCAUGUCGUGACGUCGCCUUCCACGAUGGUUUUAUCAAGUUCGUCGAGGUGGAGCAUUUCGAAAGACCCGCUAGUCCUGACAGCGACGACGAGACGAAUUUCAAGACGACCGCUGAUCUUGACGACGAAGAUGUCAUCAAUGAUUCGCAGCUCUACUUCAAGAACUAUGGCCAUCUAGUGGAAGAUGAACCCAGUUAUGUCUCUGAUGGCUGGAAGAUACGGACAUGUCACAGGCAUGCUUCUUGGGACCAUUGGCGCAAGGGUCACAGCGUCCAUGUCGACGACAUCUCGGUCAACAACCCGAUGCACCAUAUGGUGCUGCCUGGGCUGUGGGAUGGUGGCGCGCGAAAAUACACACUGAGGAGUCUGACGACAGUUUGCCCGACACUCACGAUCCAUGGUGGGGAUGUUGUUUACCUUAUUCCUAUGGUGGAGGUUGGCAAGGGCUGCCUGCUUGGUGUCGACCUUGGCAGGAAGACGGUGGAAUUAGUUGAACCAUUUUCUGAUGGGAGAUUUGGUUUGCACCUUGCCCUUGCAUGUACAUUCUCCGGCUAUCUCAAUACAACUCCAAGGCAUGUUUUUUCUUCUGACUUUGUUCGUCUAUUUUCUGUUCCCUGA